UACCACCUUCAGCCGACACCUCCUACCUCCAGUACCCUGGGUAUACUUUGGAACAUUCCUUUGUACCACGGGCUGGGGUAUGUGUGUACGUUAAAGAGGGUAUCAGUUUCUGUCGCCUCAGCAACUUUUAAGGUAGGGACCUCUCCAUCUUAUGGUUGCGUGUAGACGUCGAUGACCAUCCCCGCGUCUACGCCUGCCUCUACAGGUCCAAUAGCGGAAAUGCCGAAACUGACCGACUCUUUGAUCACGUGCAGGUGGCUACAGACUCCGUGCUUCAGCAGAUCCCAUCAUCUGAAAUUGUGAUCCUUGGCGAUUUCAAUGCCCAUCACUCCGAAUGGCUUGGAUCGCCCACUACCGAUCAUGCAGGUAGAUCUUCUCAUGACUUCGCCUUGGCCUAUGGUCUGACACAACUGGUCACCUCGCCUACGCGAAUCCCAGAUGUCGAAGACCAUACACCUUCACUGUUGGACCUUCUGCUGACUUCACAUCCGGAUAAUUACAAGGUGUCCAUAGAUGCCCCUCUUGGCUCCUCGGACCAUUGUCUAAUCCGGAGUAUGGUACCACUCACUUACUCACCGCGGCCGCAAUUUGCUGGCUGUCGUCGUGUGUGGCACUAUAAGUCAGUACUGGGAUGGGAUGCGCACUUUUUUUUCAUCCUACCCUUGGGGCCAGACUUGCUUCUCGCAGAAUGAUCCCAACGUCGCUGCCGAUUCUGUCGCCGAUGUUGUCCUUCAGGGUAUGGAACUUUUUGUUCCUUCCUCUGUGGUUCCCAUUGGUGGCAAAUUCCAGCCUUGGUUUGGUCACUACUGUAAACUGGCAUCUCGCCAAAAACAGAUGUGUUAUCAGGCCUGGGCAAACGCAGCGGCGGUCGGGGAUAACAACACUAGCGAUCUCAAAAAGAAGUAUAACUUGGCCUCCAGGUCCUGCAAAAGAGUAAUUGCCAGAGCGAAGUCAGAGCACAUUAGCAGCAUUGGCGAGAGAUUAAUAAAACUUCCCUCUGGAACACGCGCGUUUUGGUUUCUUGCCAAGGCUGUUGAAGGAAAUUUCUGUAAGCCAUCCCUUCCACCCCUGCGCAAUGGCGACGAAUCGAUGGCCCAUACUGCAAAAGAGAAAGCGGAUCUUUUAUGCUCACUCUUUGCAUCUAACUCGGAUACAUACCGCCGACCAUCCCGCGGUGUGAGAGCUCUAUGCCGGAGAUCCGGUUCACACAAAGCUUAGUGCCUAAAGCACUCUUUUCCCUUGUCAUCCACAAGUCGAGCGGGCCUGAUGGAAUCUCACCAAUUGUGCUGAAGACGUGUGCUCCUGAGUUGGCUCCGGUACUAACGCGUCUUUUCCGGCUCUCUUACUCUUUAGGUGUUGUUCCGAACUCUUGGAAGACAGCUUUAGUGCACCCGAUUCCUAAAAAAGGCAACCGCUCACUCCCUACUAAUUAUAGGCCUAUAGCCCUGACCCAUUUCCCGACUGGACUGGAGUCUAUUAUAAAUUACCAGCUCCUGCGGUACCUAGAGGACCACCAGCUGAUCAGUGACCACCAGUACGGUUUCCGUCAGAGUCGCUCGGCUGGUGAUCAACUAGUAUACCUGACUCAUCGUUGGGCAAAGGCGAUCGAGACCAAGGGGGAAGCAUUGGCGGUCGGUCUGGAUAUCGCGAAGGCCUUCGAUCGGGUUUGGCACAAAGCGCUUCUUUCGAAGCUUCCUUCUUAUGGGCUUCCUGAAAAGCUGUGCGGUUGGAUCACUAGCUUUCUUGCGGACAGGAGCAUCAAGGUCGCAGUCGACGGUGCAUGCUCGGACUCCAAAUCCGUAAACGCUGGUGUUCCACAAGGCUGUGUGCUAUCGCCUACGCUGUUUCUUCUUCAUAUCAAUGAUAUGCUUCAAAUUGAUGGCAUUCAUUGUUAUGCAGACGACAGCACGGGUGAUGCCCUAUAUACCGGCCGCGUCAACAUUUCAUGGGAAAACGUCAUCGAGUGCCGGAACAAACUUGUGCCUGAAGUCGAAACUUUGUUAAACCGAGUAACGAAUUGGGGCCGACUUAAUCUAGUUCAAUUUAACCCUACGAAGACACAAGUAUGCGCGUUCACCGCAAAAAAAAACCAUUUGUCGUAUCUCCUCUUAUUGAGAACACUCCUCUAACUGCCUCAGCUAGUAUUGGAAUUCUUGGCGUUGGCAUAUCGAGCGACGUCCAGUUUCGGGAUCAUUUAGAGGGCAAGGCCAAAUUGGCCUCUAAGAAGCUUGGUGUGCUCAAUAGAUCGAGAAUGUAUU